AUGUCUCUCUUGGCUAUUUCUUGUUGCCUCGCUCUUCUAGCGGGUCAAACCUUAGGAGCUGGUUAUCACGAGGAUGUAGGGAUCCCUGAAGCCACCAGGAUCCGUUUGAAGGCGGCCCAGCUAGCCAGUGAGAGGAUCAGCGGAGGAGCAGCUUCGGAAUAUGGGGAUAACCCAUAUCUGGCCGGUAUACUAAUAACUCUGCGAUCUGGUCAGCUGUCUGUCUGCAGCGGGACCUUGGUGACCACUAAGAAAGUGCUGACUGCAGCCCAGUGCUGGUAUGAUGGAUACAACGUCGGCAGGAAAGCUGAGGUGAAGCUUGGGUUGGUGGAACUGUUCAACGCGUUCAGGUGGGAUGUAUGGAGAGUGAGGAUGCACCCCGCGUAUGAUCCUACCUCAUUGCUGAACGACCUGGCCAUCAUGAUACUUGAUGGCAACAUCUGGCCGAACAAUAAAAUGAUGAUACCAGCAUUUCUCCCGGCCGUGAACGAAACUAAUACAUACGCUGGCAUGGAGGCGCGCGUCUCAGGGUACGGGAAGACAAGUGACUAUGACCAGAUAAACCCAGAGACGAACCAGCAAGCGUUGACAGUGACAGUGAUGAGACCCUGGGAGUGUUACUGGAACAUGGCACGUCGCCCAGCAGACUCCAGCAAGAUCAUGUGCACCCCCGGGAGCGUAUUGUGGGGUACUUGCGGCGCUGACCUCGGCGGCCCGCUGGUGAUACCCAACUAUAAUGGCACAGGAAACCAUCUGCUGAUUGGAGUGACAUCAAUUCAGUCUCCGUUUGGUUGCACGUCAGCGUUCGCGACCGGUUACACCCGCGUCACUGAAUACGUCAGCUGGAUACAACAGAACUUGUAA